AUGUGAGACUGUAUGCAAAGUACCCAGGAGCAAGCUCUGCACUUGGAAGGGGAUCUCAAUCCUUCUACAGUCCCAAUGUCCACCUUAGCAUCUAAGAAAAUGCCCAAAAGUCACAUUUCAAUAUCCAAACAACUGGCUUCAAUAAAAGCUCUCAGGAAGGGCUCAGAUCUGGAAAAUGCUAUUGCCAUCACUGCUCUGAUUUUCAGAAAUUCUUCUGACCCUGAUGGUAAACUUGAAAAAGCUACUGCCAAAAAUCUGGUACAAACCUAAUUUAAGAAUUUCACAGAGGUUCAUGCUUUUUCUUUAUUCUUACGGGGAUGAGAAACCAACCCAAAAUACAAAGACCUUCUCUCUGAACUUGAUGAGCAUACAGAAAAUAAGUUUGAUUUUGAGGAUUCCAUGAUCUUACUAUUAAACAUCACUGUAAUAUCAGAUUUGCUACAAAAUAUAUGGAAUGUAAAAAUGACAAAUAAACAGCUUUAA